GUAACAUUGGAGUUAUUGGAAAACAGGAACGCAUGUGGUCCGGCUUUUCUGAAAUAUUCCAACGUGUCUGUUUAUUCGAAAGUGAAAUUUAGCUGCUGUCAAGCUACAUAGAGACACACUCUGUUUCGUAGAGACACCAUUGACGUUGCUCUUUUCUUUCUUUCAAGCUGGCGAAGGAAGCUGAAGCUCAGUCUUUAUAAUGUCACAGGCCACCAAACGCAAACAUGUUGUCAAGGAGGUUCUUGGAGACUUUGUCACUCCCACAGAGAACCAGCAGAUUGUGAAGAUCACUGGUAGCCGUGGCAACAACCUCCAUGAAACUGUCACGGCCCAGGGCGAGACUUUCCUUGUGAGCAUGCCCACCAAGUUCCGCAAGAACAUCUGGAUCAAGAGAGGUGACUAUGUGAUUGUGGAUCCCAUUGAGGAAGGAGAGAAGGUGAAGGCAGAGAUCAGCUUCAUUCUCUACAAAGAUCAUAUUCAGUACCUGCAAAAACAGAAGCUCUGGCCAGAGGGUUUUACAGAGGAGUCGUCAGAACAGGAAGCAACGAACAAACAGCAGGAAAAGGAAGAAGAGAAAGACGAGGAAUAUAGUGACUCUGAAGAUGAUGAGAGCGACCUCUUUGUAAACACUAACCGCUGUAACUAUGAGUACAGUGAGAGCGAGGAGGAGGACAGUGAGGAAGAAGAUGAUGACCAAGAGGAACGGACAGAAAAUGGCUCAUAGUGGCAGCACUGUGGACACGGACAAUCGAGAGGGAGAGUUGUGAACAUUAUGAGACAGUGUGCUCUGCUGUGCUGCAGCUGUCACUGCCUCUGGACUGCCUGAUGUAGUCAUUAAAUGACUGGACUUUAACUCAGUGGAACAAAAUAAGUCUUGCUUGUGAAAGUGAAUUGAAAAAAAAAAAAAUCAGAAAUCAGUGACGUCAAACUUUAAGUCAAAGGUAAUGAGAAUCAUGUUUGAAAUUCUGACGGAUCAGUUUCUACUCUGCUCUCAGUGUCUCAGACUCACGCAUGUUUAUACUCUGAUCUCAAGUGCAGUACAUUACAGGAUACACAGUACUCCCAGGCUUACUGUACAUUUACAGGUUAAGGUUAAUUGUUAUAUCCAUUCGUCCUCCUCUACAGGACAAAAUAAAUCUAUAACAAACUCACAAAAAGUGUGUGACUCAGAACCUUGGCACUAUCAUCAGAACACGUUUGUCAUGUUUGAUUUUAAUUGUUAGUUCAGACUGUUGAAGAAGCCCAGGGUGUGGUAGGAAUUGAAACACCUUUCCACUUUCACCAGCCCUUUGAAGAAUAUUGUUUUAACUAGCUGGUCAGUUAAUGCUCCUUUACAAAGCUAAAUGUCAUGCUCAUUGUAAAGAUUCGAUUUUCUAAAUGCAGCUGAUUGGUGAUAUACUUUGUCACAGACGCUGAAAGAUCAACAUGCUCUGGUUUCAGCUGACUUUGUAUCACGCUGUAUUCAAUAGUUUGUUGUUGUGACUGCUUUGUGACUCAUCUUUGCCGACAUUCCUUACGCAGUUGCUGAUUUUGGUUUGUGUAAUGAUGAACAUAUUGGAAAUAGAUUCAUUCUUGAGCUGUGUCUUCCAAUUGUAAAGAAUGUCCGUCUUUUCAUUUCAUGUUCAAAGACCCAUCUCUUUUAGAUGCAGUUGUGCAGAAGUAAAACAAGUGUAUGUAUAAAAGUAUCUUCCAUAAGUGCAACGUAUAAAUUCCCAAAAGCUGAGCUCACAAUAUUUGACGUGAAGUGUCACUGAGUCAUUUGUUCCACAACUGGAACCAGUUCAACAGGAACUUCCGACUUGAUGCAUUUUGCCCCCCAGGUGUUAGCGGAAACUUAAUGAGACAACAUGCUGCAUAAACAAAGUGGUGCUAACUGCCUACGCUCAGCUAUUUGCGUGGAAGACCGUAAUGCUGUGAACUAACUGCAAUGUGAAAUACUCACUGACCAGUUCUGUUCAAACAUUAUGUUGUGCAACAGACUAACAAGCAUGGAUGUUACCUAAUUCUUAAAAGUGUGAAUAUUUUGACACGUUUGAAAGCUAUUUAUUCUUGAUGAGAUCAGCCAAGGGUGUUGGGCUGUUUACUUAUAGGGCAAUACGGUGUCCCCAGGAAAUGGCAGUCGUAUAUAGCUCAUUCCUGUGUUAAUACAUUUGUAAUAAUGAAAUGAAAUUGGUCAUUGUGCAUACAUAAUGGUUAUUAAAACACAAAAACAUACUACAUUGGUUUUAUCAUAAUCAUUAGUAAAUAAUGUUUUUGCAUCCUUAUUAAAAAGAACAUUGUCUUGUGAGUACAUAUUAAUAAUUUUGGCAGCUUUGGCACAGUUUAGAGAGAUUUUGGGUGUGUUCAGAAUCACAUACUGUCGCUGCCCUUAAAAAGUAUGCACACACAAUCAGAGCAUAAACUUUCUCAUAACGGCACCCAGAACUUUGACCCUCUUGCUUUUAUAUCUGUUUCCUUGGAGAUAAAUUAAACGCCACUUACCGGGUUUGCCAGAGACAAAAUCAACCCGGAGAGCUCUGCUGUUGUUACUUUGCAAUGUGUGUGGUUUAACUUUAAAGUUUAACCACACAGACUGAAGAUUCUAAAAUAUUUGCGACAGUGAAAUUACAUCUGCAGUUCUCUGUCAUUGUUAUUUUUUAUAGUUAUAUCCAUUUGUUGUAACAUUAUGAUUAUUUUGUUCACUUAAUUAAUAUUUCUAUUAUUACUAUUUGACUGGUUAUCUGUCACUUGAAUACGCUGUCAUCCAUCAUUGUGGCUUCUUACAGCUGUCAAUGAGGUGUCAUCUGUUUGCAGCUCCAUCGAUGUGACGUAUUGUACGCUAUUCUGAUUGUGGGUCAGAAUAGCCAGAAAACCAUGCUGGCUUGCAUGUUGCAAAGUCAGACAGGAUGUAAUAGAACAUCCCGGUAUUUUUGGCAUACUGCAUUUGACAUACAAUAUCUUUUCCUGGCAUAUUAUGUAGUAAGGUACUACGGGUAUUGGAAUGCACAGUUUGUCUUACCCCCAUACCCAGUGGAAGUUUUGCUUUUUCAAUGUGUUACAUCCUUAUUAUCCUUAUGUACAUCCUUAUUAUACUUUCAGUGUAGCUGUUUUGCUUUUGGUUGUAUUUUAAUAAUUAAAAUGUGUCUUUUAAAGGUCCAGUAUGUAGGUUUAGGGGCAUUUAUAUGCAGAAAUGGUAUAUAAUAAUCACAGCGAUGUUUUCAUUAGUGUGUAAUCAUCUGAAAAUAAGAGUUGUGCUUUCAUUGUUUCUAUCUUCAUACAGAGCAAGUCCUUUUCCACAGAGUCUGCCAUGAACAGACAAACCAAACACUGGCUUUAGACAGUGUCAUUCACGUUUUCAUAUCGGCCACCAUAGUUCUCCAACAUGCUUGGCACACGGGAGAAGUUUCAGUUCUGCAACCUCAGUGCUUUUUCCCUCUAAAUAUUACACAGUGGACCUUUAAACCAUAACACUGUAAUAAAGACGCUCAGAAUGAGGAAAGAUAAACAUAAAAUGGGUAAACAUCCAAAAAAGUUGAUAUUAACAGUUAGCUGUCUGAUGGAGUUAGUGGACUGACUGUAGUUUAAACAUUAAUGUCUUACUGGACAGGGUGAGCGUCCACAGCUCAGUCUGUUCCUAGGAGGGCAAUUGUCAGCCCCUCGCUCAUUGGGAGACACUCCCAUCACAGAUGUAGAAAGCCACUAACUCCACCUUUUGUCUAUGACUUUAGUUUGAUGUCACCGCAGCGUUCUUUCAUCUUUUAUAUUUGCUCUCAUCCCAGGGCUCUCCCUCCAUGCGCUUGCAUUAUCACAUUUGGAAUACGUUUUAUUCUACAUUUGCUUUCAUACCAGUAGGCUACAUCCUUCGUCUGUAACAGUUGCCUGAGGAAGGCAGAAUGUAAAUAAGUCCACUGGUUAUAUGUUAAGUUUAUUGGGAUGUGAACGAACCUGAAAAACAGGAAUAAACACAAAUGUAUUUCACACAUUCUUCAUGAGUCAGUUCCUUAUAGCAGGCCUAAUGGGAGUGGGGCCGACACCAGCAGCUCAUUCAUGGCAGAUGAUGUAAACGUACCGAGGGCUUUCCAGUUUCAGCUCUGAAAAACUGGCUCGACCGCUGUAACCCCAAACUCAGUUUAACAAUAGCUACGUUAGCAUAGUUGCUUUGAGCAAAUUCCUUACAGUAUGAACACUGACAGAUAAUUAGAGCUCAAAGCGUACAGUGUUCCAGCCCGUAAACCAAGGCUGUCCUUUCAGAGGGGAGAAAUAACACGUUGUUCCUCUUAAAAGUGAAACACAAGCAUUAAAACACUACUUUGCUGCUACAUCCUUACUGUGUUAUGAUCACUAACGUUAGCUUAU